CCAUACGWAAUCUUAAUGGCUCAUGGGCGAAAAGCACAGAAGAACAAGCGGAAACCUUUGCAACUAACCUAGAAAACACAUUCACAGCACACAACUUCAAUCCACAAUCAUAUCCAGAUACUAACGCAAACGACCUCGGAAGCAAAACAAAAUCUGAUGAAAACAUUAAUACCACAACAGCCAAAGAAAUUGAAAUGCUAAUAUCAGAAAUCAAAAUAAGAAAAGCUCCAGGUUACGAUCUAAUAAAUGGCAGAAUAGUAAAAGAACUACCACCUAAAGCAAUUAGGAUGCUCACAAUAUUAUUUAACGCUGUAUUACGAGUCCAGUACUUCCCAAGUACCUGGAAACUCGCGRAAAUUAUAAUGCUUCCUAAACCAAAUAAAGAUCCGCAUGAAGCAAAUUCUUACAGACCGAUAUCGCUCUUACCAUUACUAUCCAAACUGCUGGAAAAAAUAAUAUACAAGAGAAUGAAAWGAAUAAUUUCUGACAAAAACCUGAUUCCUGAACAUCAAUUUGGUUUCAGAAAUAAACACUCUACCGUUGAACAAGUACACAGAUUAACUAAUACGAUAGUAACAGCUUUAGAAAAUAAGGUGUACUGUUCCGCCGUCUUCAUAGAUGUAGAAAAAGCUUUUGAUGAGGUAUGGCAUCAAGGAAUACUGCAAACAAUCAAUAAACAAUUUCCACACUCGUACUACAAACUUCUAAAAUCUUACCUUUCUGAAAGAACAUUUUACGUAAAAAUAAAAGACACUCAUUCAAACAUUAAAUUAAUCAAAGCUGGGGUUCCGCAGGGAAGUGUCCUUGGACCAAUUCUUUACACUCUCUAUACGGCAGACAUACCAAUCAACGCUAACUGUACAGUUUUAACAUUUGCAGACGACACUGCAAUGCUUACCGUAAACAAAGAUCCACAACGAACAAUUCAACUGUUACAAAAACAAAUCAACUCUCUCGAAGAAUGGUUAAGCAAUAAGAAUAUCAAGGUAAACACUACCAAGUGUAAACACAUUACGUUUACACUGAGAAAAGGCAAAAUACCGAAUCUCCAACUAUACAAUAAUGUAGUUCCACAAGUAUCAACGGUCAAAUAUUUAGGACUACAUUUAGAUUCCAAACUAACAUGGAAAAAACAUAUAAAUGACAAAAUCGUACAAAUCCGUUUAAAAAAGAGACAAAUGGCCUGGCUAACUGGCAAAAAAUCGAAACUUAGCAUACAGAACAAAUURCUAAUUUAUAAAACAAUAAUAAAACCAAUCUGGACAUAUGGAAUACCGUUAUGGGGCAUAGCAGCAAAAAGUCACAUUGUCAAGCUCGAGGCACAACAGUCUAUAACUCUACGCACAAUCGUAAACGCUCCAUG